CCUGCAUUAGGUUUGGGUGCAGAGACACAGUAUGUGGGUUCAGUCCUGAUGGAUACAAUCUAUGGAAUGUUUAGAAUGGAUACAAUAUAUGGAAUGUUUACAAACACUGUCACACAUUGUAUCAUUAUCCAGGCUGCCCCCCCAAUUGAUGGCUGAAACCCCAAUCCUCUCCUCAGUGUUUAGAUUGAAAUAACACCAGAACGGUGUCUGGUUCCAUGCCGGCUGCCCUGCCUGAUCGGAAUUGGAGUAAUUACUGGAGUCUGAGUUAAUUAUAGGCGUCAUAGUGACUAAUGGGCUUCCACUGCCGGGAUUAUGAGAGUUGUAGUCAUCAAUGCUGUCCUGAUGGGUGCUGGGAGUUGCAGUCACUGGUUGGGUAAUCCCACUAGCUAGAUGAUGGGAGUGGCAGUCAUUUAUGGUGUCCCACUGUCCGAUUGAUGGGAGUUGCAGUUGUCGAUCUGGUGGCAUUGGGUGGAUAAUGGGAGUUGCAGUUGUCGAUCUGGUGGCAUUGGGUGGAUGAUGGGAGUUGCAGUUGUCGAUCUGGUGGCAUUGGGUGGAUGAUGGGAGUUGCAGUUGUCGACCUGGUCGCAUUGGGUGGAUGAUGGGAGUUGCAGUUAUCGACCUGGUCGCAGUGGGUGGAUGAUGGGAGUUGCAGUUGUCGGUCUGGUGGCAUUGGGUGGAUAAUGGGAGUUGCAGUUGUCGAUCUGGUGGCAUUGGGUGGAUGAUGGGAGUUGCAGUUGUCGAUCUGGUCGCAUUGGGUGGAUGAUGGGAGUUGCAGUCAUGGUUGACCCAUGUUUGUGCAUUACGUCAUUGUCCCCGCAUUCUGAGCCUGCGCAUCUCUAGCCCCGCCCCCUGACAGGAAGCCCCGCCCAGCCUUCGGAUAGCGGUCGCACAGCUGGUCCAUCCCGUGAUGCAUUGCGGUUCCGGGGAUCCUGGGCCCCCUCACUGACCGGGGAGACAUGAGCGGCAGCGGGGGGCCGGGAGCCGGGCCGGGGAGAUUCGCCGAUUACUUCGUCAUUUGUGGAUUGGACACCGAGACCGGGCUGGAACCGGACCAGCUCUCCGGUAAGAACCGGGACCGGGGGGAGAAGGGGGGGGUCCAACAUAUCCAGAACCAGAACCGGGGAGGGAACAGAACCAGCUCUCCGGUAAGGACAGAGGGAGAGAACCAGAACCGCAAUAUGGGGGGGAGAGGCUGAGAGAUGGGGAGUAUGCAAUAUGGGGGGGAGGCAGAGAGAUGGGGAGUAUGCAAUAUUGGGGGGGGAGGCUGAGAGAUGGGGAGUAUGCAAUAUUGGGGGGGGAGGCUGAGAGAUGGGGAGUAUGCAAUAUUGGGGGGGGAGAGGCUGAGAGAUGGGGAGUAUGCAAUAUUGGGGGGGAGGCAGAGAGAUGGGGAGUAUGCAAUAUUGGGGGGGAGGCAGAGAGAUGGGGAGUAUGCAAUAUUGGGGGGGGGAGGCUGAGAGAUGGGGAGUAUGCAAUAUUGGGGGGGAGGCUGAGAGAUGGGGAGUAUGCAAUAUUGGGGGGGGAGGCUGAGAGAUGAGGAGUUUGUAAUAGUGGGAGGCAGAACUGGGAGAAGGGGAGUCUGUAAUAUGUGGGGAUUCCAAGAGAUUUGACAGAAUUCAGAUUGUUUGGGCCAACACUGGAUCUUCAUCUUGCAUGCUGUGACUGUGACCCUGAUAGAGUUGGGGUACAGCACAGAUCCAUUGGUUCUGGGUUUAGUUUAUAUCUCUGAAUUAACUCCACAGUGAAUGAGGCCUUUUCUAUGACAUCAGUGGUGGGAUGUCUUUAGGUCUCAGUAAUUUUAGGGAGCGUGUGAUUACAAUCCAGCAAUCAGGCACCUUGUGAGUGACUGAAUGGUCUUCGUUACAUUUCAAAAUAGUCCUGUGAUGAAUACAAUUUAUUGUAAUGAUCAUUUUUUAUGACACUUGAAUUCUAAAACGGGUGAAACCUCUGGUUCUACAUCCUAUAGCCUGAAGGAGGUAAUUCUGCUCUCCAGUUUAUCUCCGGUUAGAUACGGAUAAUGCUGGAUGGGAGAUGUAUCUAUUGUGUACGAUGACUCACUUGUUCAGAACUCUCGCUACUUGUCCUGAAGACCCCUGAGUUAGACAUUUGGGGUGGGAUUCCAUUUUGCUAAUGGAAUAUAUUGAUUCCCGCCUCUAGGCAUUGUGGUCAAAAACCCACCCUCUUUUAUUACAUUUUAGUUGUUUUGAAGCUGUCCCUUAUUUGGGGUGUUUUGAAGAGUUUAUAAACAAACAGUCCUCUAGUCAGUAAUACGAGCUCUGGCAAUACACGAUUCAGUAGAAAAUAUAAAUAACAAAGAGUUCUCGGCUUUUAAAGAAGUGGCAACAUUCUCAUGUUUACCAAUCAAGUGAUAGAUUCCUGCAUUUACCUGACUUGAUACAUUGGGGUGCAAAUUGCUGAAAGUGAGACAGAACAUUCUAUUGGUUUCCAUGGUAACUGCUCCACAUUUCGCAACGUGCCCCAGAAUUGAUCUUCUUACUAAACUGUAUUUCAAAUUCAAGACCAAAACUAGCCAAACUGGAAGCAUAGAUGACUUGGUCCACUUGGUCAUUUUAGCUUUAAAUGUAAAACUAAUUAAGGUUUAUUCACUAGACAGUGAAUUGCAGGGAUUUUAAAACCUAUUUAGGCCACGAUAGCUGUUUGGGGAACAUUCUCUGCUGUUCCUACAAUUUGACAGUAUUACUUUUUCAGUUCCCUGCUAUUCUCUGUUUGGUGAAUAAGCCCCUUUUUGUUUAAGUUGCCGCUGUUUUCUAAUUUAGCAGUUCCUUACUGCUAAUUCAGAUUUAACUGUCUGUACCUCGCCCUGUAUCCCUGUCCUUGCUGAGAUUUUUGUAAAAUCCUCUCUCUAGAGCAGGAUUCCCUUUUACUGCGCACAGUGUUUUGCUAGAUCCAGGUAAUUAUUUCUGCAGACACAUAUCUGUUACCGUUUUACCUGCUGCAUCUAGCCCGAGACGGAUUGUGUCUGGUUCCCGAAUGCAUCCAAUCGCUGUAGGGAGAGUUGCAUCGUAGAGUAAAUACAGGUCAUAUAGGAUGGUAUUUAUUUUAAAACAUAUAGGAUAUCUGCCUAAAUUCUGUCUGUCAUAUGUGUUAUUUGCCUGUCGAAUAUAAAGUAAGAGCCAUUAAAUCUGCCUCCUGGCUGCCGGUGGGAUGCUAAAUCUGUGUGGGCUAUUGCAGACACUGAGCUCGACUCUUAGGAAGGGGGAGUUUGUUACCACACGGUUAAUUGUCAGUAAUUCACUCAGGAAUUGUACAUUUUAUUCCAAAAUUACCAAAUUGUAAAAAGCCUGCUAUUUUGGCUCAGAAUUGGGCAGUUUGGCGAAUGAUUUGUGAGUGUUUCAGUCAUGUAGGGACAUAGUUUAAUUUCUCUGGGAUUAUGUCAUCGUUAUUAUUAGUCAUUGCUGCCAGAGAGAUGGGGCUGAGACCCCUGCUUUUUUGAUAGCGAGGACAAUUUGCAUUAAUUACACUAAUGAGGGCUUGGCUGAUGGGAUGAAAGAGAUCUGUUUGGCAUGAGGAUGAACGUUUUACAUGUUUAACCCAUACCCUGCCAUCUAGUCUCUGUGCAGCCCGCUGACCGAAAGUUAAUGUCCUUCGGGAUGAGUCAAGAACGAAAAAAUAAAUAAAUAAAAAGGCCGAACACUUCACAUCCCUGAGUGGAGACCUUAACUGUCAGUUCCUGGUUGAGAGAUUGAAAGCUGCGUGUACAAGACUGUGAGAUCUAAACAGAUUGUAAACUGUCUGUAGGAGACUGUGAGAUCCAAACAGAUUGUAAGCUCUGUAGCUCAGACUUCUUGAUCUUAAAUGAAUUGUAAGCUCUGUAGGUCAUAGGUUGCAAGUUUUUUUUAGCAUAAACGCUUAGUGUUAAUUAUGUGUGGAUCAGAUUGGCCUAUUGAAGCAGGUUGUAAGCUCCGUGGAUCUGAUUGCUUGAUCAAAGUGGAUUGCUAGCUCUAUUGAUCAGAUUGGCUAAUGCAGAUUGCAAGCUCUGUGGAUCUAAUUGCUAGAUCAAAUGGAUUGCAAGCUCUGUAGACCAGAUUGUAGACCAGAUUGAUUGAGUUGGAUUACAAACUGUGAAUCAUAUUGGCUGAUUGGAAGUGGAUUGCUAGCUCUGUGGAUCAGAUUGAUUCGAAGCGGAUUGCUAGCUCCGGGGGUCAGAUUGAUUGAAGCAGAUUGGCUGAUUGAAACGGAAUGCAAGAUUAAAACGGAUUGCAAGCUCUGUGGAUUGCUUGAUUUAAGCACACUUUGUCUACUAAAGUGAAUAAAAACAAUCUUUAUUGUCGAUGAGGUAUAAAUAAUUCUCUGUUUCAGGAUUCCUCUAAUUCUUAUAAAUAACCAAAGUGUAUUAAGUUACAAAACUUGGUGAUUUUUAUUAAAAGUACUUUCAAUCCGUGUUUAUUACAGGCUCGAGGGGUGUGUGUGGCGUUCUGCUGCUUCUGUCUGUAUGUAUUGACAGACGGAAGGAGAGGCCCGGCGCGAAUCCUUAUGUCUUACAGAUUCUCUGUGCAGUUGUCUUGUGGCCACAGUUGCUAAGUGAGUGGCAAUCGCAUUUGUCUAUUUUUGGUUAGAAAGAAAUCCUGUGAGUGAUGAUCUUUCAACAUCUGGGGCCCUUCUUGGCCCAUUGGGGACGCUCACAGUUCGCAGCUAUUUCGUCGUAUGAUGAUUCCAUGGAUGAUGUGUCGGUCACGGUCAUGUUUGUAAAGCUGUUUAUUGGAUACUGCAAAUAAUAUACCAACAUUGAGAGUAGGGAUUUGCAGGUAAAUAACUUGGUAGUAGUUACAUUAUUUUGUUACAGGUACAAAUAACUGAGUUUUGAGAGAUUCAUCAUGGCUAAUUAUACAAACAAGUAAAAAUAGUGGAAUUUUACUGGUGUGAGAUAUCGAGAUAAAAUUGAACAUUCUCUACAUCCUGUAGUUGAUGGUCGUCAUAAAUGAUGGGUCUACUGCACAUACAGCGAGGGCCAAAGUGGACCUCCGUUAAAACAACUGUUCGGCGAGCGAAUAAUUCCAGAAAUUUCCAGGUUAAUGGGCCGCUACGUUCGCCCAACCUUUCAGUUCCCGGUGACUUCCUGUGGGGAUAUCUCGAGCGUAUGUACGUGAACAAACCGCAUACAACUUGAGCAGCUCAAGGAGACUAUCUGUGCAGAAACCUGAGUGCUAAAUCAUUAACUAAUGUUAUGAACAAUACAAUCGAAAGAUCUGACAUUGUGAGGCGCCAAAUGGAGCUCAUUUAAAAGAUGUCAACUUCUGUACCUAGUCAAACAAAUCUCGUACGUACAGCAUUUAUUUUAUGGAAUAUCAUUGGAAUUAGUUUAUUGAUAAAUACGUUCUUGACUCCUCAAAGCCUACUCUGAACUUUGGUCCACCUUUUACCUCCUAAGUGUCCCCAUUUAGGAGGCACAGUCCCUAUUAUGGUCUGAAAUCCUCAUUUUCUCUACUAAUGUCCCUCUUUUCUAGCACCAUAUUGUUGGUGUGUCUGAGUGUAGAACAGAACUCCACAGCAAUAAUGCUCCCAGUGAUGUGUAACACAUUAUUUGGUUUAUUGUAAUGGUUGUGGUCUUUGAGUGUAUGGGUGCACUUCCUCCUGGGUUUUUUUUUUUCAGUGUUAAAGGGACACUAUAGUCACCUGAACAACUUUAGCUUAAUGAAGCAGUUUUGGUGUAAAGAACAUGCCCCUGCAGCCUCAUUGCUCAAUCCUCUGCCAUUUAGGAGUUAAAUCCCUUUGUUUAUGAACCCUAGUCACACCUCCCUGCAUGUGACUUGCACAGCCUUCCAUAAACACUUCCUGUAAAGAGAGCCCUAUUUAGGCUUUCUUUAUUGCAAGUUCUGUUUAAUUAAGAUUUUCUUAUCCCCUGCUAUGUUAAUAGCUUGCUAGACCCUGCAAGAGCCUCCUGUAUGUGAUUAAAGUUCAAUUUAGAGAUUGAGAUACAAUUAUUUAAGGUAAAUUACAUCUGUUUGAAAGUGAAACCAGUUUUUUUUUUCAUGCAGGCUCUGUCAAUCAUAGCCAGGGGAGGUGUGGCUAGGGCUGCAUAAACAGAAACAAAGUGAUUUAAUUCCUAAAUGACAGUGAAUUGAGCAGUGAAAUUGCAGGGAAUGAUCUAUACACUAAAACUGCUUUAUUUAGCUAAAGUAAUUUAGGUGACUAUAGUGUUCCUUUAAGGCAGUCAAGGAGAAAGAAAAGGGAUUUCCUCAGCAGUUAAAAUCUUUUCUGUGGAUAGAAUGAGGACUUUCACUGUCUUUUUCUAUACAAAACAAAGCCGAGAGGCUGGACUGCGGGUGCAGGGAGAAACCCCUCAAAACGGAACCCUGAAACUCCUCUCACCAUAACCACUAAAACAAGCCAUGUUUUGUAGAGGUUAUGGUGCUGGGAGUAAAUGUGCUGAAAUAUCUGGCAGGCGAAUAUCUAAACCAAGAGCAAAUACCAUUGAAACCAAUGGAAUUUUCCUCCCUAAUGCCCUAUUUUAAUACACUAACCCAGAUCAACUCUUCAUACUCCAUAUUCGGGCAUACGCAACCUUUGGCACUCCAGAUGUUUUGAACUACACCUCCCAUAAUGCUUUGCCAACAUUAUGGAUGUAAGAGCAUUAUGGGGGAUGUAGUCGACAACAUCUGGAGUGCCGAAGGUUGCCUAUGCCUGCACUAUGUAAUAUUGUGUAAAGAGACCCUAACAUGAUCAGCCACAACAUUAUAACCACUGACAGGUGAGGUGAAUAACAUUGAUUAUAUCAGUACAAUGGCACCUGUCAAGUGAACAGUCCAUUCUUGAAUUUCUUGUGUUUGAAGCAGGAAAAAUGGGCAAGAGACAAGAUCUGAGUGCCUUUGACAAGGGCAUCUCCAAAACCAGCACGUCUUGUGGGGAGUUCCUGGUAUGCAGUAGUUGGCACCUACCAAACGUGUUGCAAGGACAGGCAAUCUGGUGAACCAGUUUCAGGGUCAUGGGCGCCCAAGGCUCAUUGAUGCACAUGAGGAGCGAAGGCUAGCCCGUCUGUUCCGAUCAUAACAUAAUGAUUGCCAAGUUAUAAAGGUGCAGAACACACAGGGCAUCACAGUUUGCUGGGUAUGGGGCUUCUUAUCCGCAAACCCGUCAGUGUGCCCACGAUGUCCCCUGUCCAUCGCUGAAAGUGCCUUCAAUGGGAACGUGACAUCAGAACUGGAAUACAGAGAAUGUAAGAAGGUUACCUGGUCUGAUGAAUCACAUUUAUUUAAGAUCAGGUGGAUGUUGAGUGUGUGUUGUUUACCUGGGGAAGAGAUGGCAGCAGGAUGCACUAUGUGAGGAAGGCAGGUCGGCGGUGGCCGUGUUAUGCUGUGAGCAACAUUCUGCUGGGAAACCUUGGUUCCUGGCAUUCAGUUGGAAGUUACUUUGACACAUACCACCUACCUAGAGAUUGUUGCAGUUCCCUGGUGGCUGUGGCCCCUUUCAGCACGAUAACACACUCUGCCACAUUGCAAAAAUUGUUCAGGAAUGGUUUGAGGAACAUGACAAGGAGUUCAAGGUGCUGCCUUGGCUUCCAAAUUCCCCAGAUCUCAAUCCGAUUUGAGCAUCUGUGAGAUGUGCUGGAACAACAAAUCCGAUCCAUGGAGGACCACCGUUGCAACUUGCAGGACUUAAAGGAUCUCCUGCUAAUGUAAAUAUCUUGGUGCCAGAUACUACAGGUUACGUUCAGAAGUGUUGUGGAGUCCAUGCCUCGACACAUCAGAGCUGCUUUGGCAGCCCGAGAUGGACCUACACAAUAUAAGGCAGGUGGUUUUAAUGUUGUGGCUGAUUAGUGUAUUUAAUAUUUUAUAAAGAGUACAUUAUAUAUAAUAUAGUAUAGAGAAUGCACUAUAGAAUAUUGUAUAAAGAGUGUUAUAUUUUAGGUGUAAGCAUGCCGUGAUGGCAUUUAAAUCCACCUUCUUUAGUUGCUACUUAGAAAAUGGCCUAAUUACUAACGGCGAACAUUGUGAGAGAAUGAGACGGUGCGUUUUGUAUAAUUGAAACAUUUGUGAUAAGCAAGAAGAUUUGAGUUAAACGCAAUCUGUAGGAAAACUUCCUGUAGUUUUUAUUAAAAUUCUCUCUGGUGUGAGUUCAGGAAUGCAAGCCAGUUACUGUAUUUCCUUUGGCUGAGUAAUGUGCCCCCAAUAAAGGAUGCUGCUAUUUUAGGACUCACUUUUCAUGGUUGAAUUGAGGAAAUGGUUCGAAUGGUCUCUCUGCUGAAUCUCUGGGGAGUGGACCACUUUCAGACCAACACAACACAAUGAGGUCAUAGUUAGUGAGUCUGAGUCCUCUCCAGAGAAACAGUUGGUAUUGUUGGGAGUAAAGCAUUUUGGGUGAUCAGCUGGCUGUUGGUAUCCAGCUGGUGCAUAUAAUUAUAUUUCACAGAGUUCAGUGAAUUGAAAACUUAAUUGCAAAAUUUAGCCUAAAAUAUCCAAACCCCAUCAGUAUAGCUAAAUUUGGGGUCCCCCAUUUUCCCAGAUUUCUACCAACUGGGCCACAAGAGGCUUGUUCCUUUUGAAAUCGGUAGGGAUUAUUUGGUUUCAGACUUGUGUACACAGGUUAAUUAUGUGCUUUGAAACGAUUGCACUGCCAGAUGGAAUCAUGGGAACAUUAAUUAGAAUGACAUGCCCCGUGAGUGCCACUUGAGGCAGCUACGAUACAAAGAAGGUUUAUGUUAAAUACAAACAAAACAAAAAAUUAACACCAGUAAUAAUGCUUACGGGCCAGAUUUAAAAAUAUUAAUAUCUCAAAUUUUAAAUGAUUUAACAUAUCCGGUGAAUUAUAGAUUUGUUUUUAGAGGUGUGGAUUUAUUUAUUUACGCUACGUACAUUUUGUAAGUACUGGUAAUUUGUGUUAAUUGAUUAAACAUUAUGUAAAGUGGCUGGCUAAUUUAUUGGAGAGAAUGCUAUGCAUAGGCUAUGAACUAAUUAGUAUUAGUAUUAGUAUACCCCUAUGGAUUUAUUACUUCCUUUCUGGCUCAUUUUCUGUAUGACUGAUCUGACCCGUUCUGGGUUACUGCUGUACCUGCUAAGCUCCUCUGACUGCUCACAAUGUGCUCAGCUGGUUUUGCUGUCACUGUUCUGUCUGGCUGUGUCCAAACCACCGAGGCUGCAAUUUGUAUCUGCCGACAGAAUGCCAAUGGGACAAUUAUGUCUCCUGAUCGUCAGGAGUGUAAACGCUUUACAGCUACGGAUAUAUUGACAUGAAAUGCUGCAGUUUCUCUAUAGAACAUCUUAUGAGGCCUGCAAAGGUUGAAUCUGUACCCUGCAGCUAAUAACUCCCAUUACCCUCAGCCAUCUACACCAAUAAAUGCUUUAAGUUAACAGUUAAAACAUUUUUGUUCCUUUAUCGUUCACAUCUUAACAUCUGUUGUUGUUAAUCUGACAUGGCUAUUGUACCCCCAACCAGAGAUCUAAAGCAUUUACUGCAAUAUUUUCCAACUUCCUUAUCACUCUGAUUGCCACGGUUAAUUUUUCAGGUGUCCCUUGCCCACUCUCGGUAACUUUGGCGCAAUGUUACUCCAUGCAGGCACGUGAUGCAGUGUUAGUCACACAGAUAAUCCUUGAAAUUGGUUUUGGUGUUUUGAAGUUUAAUGAAAGUAUUAAUCCAAAAUGUAUUCAGGAAAUAUUUGGUGUUAUUGUCUCUUGUUCCUAACGUAAGGUUUAUAUCUCAUAAAGGGAAUGUUAUAGCCUUGUCCGGUUUAACACCUAGCUCUACUGAUAUGGCCUCUCAAAGGACAACUGUCACCUCAAAAGUAUUUAAUUAAACAGAUCGUCCCUGCUUCACUCCUUGCACCGAAACAGGGAAGUCCAAAAAGACUAUCUGACCCAAGGUGUAUGUUUAUGGCUGAAGGAUCCUGUUAUAUACUAAUGGUAGGGUUGCGUUUAUCUCGGUUUUUUUUUUCCUUUAGAUAUUCUUAAAUUAACAAAAUGUAUAUUUCCCUUUAAAACUCCAUCAAAGGAUUUUUAUAUUAAAACAAGUUUUGACGUGGCAUUUAUCUGUUAAAACAAACAAACAAAUAAUUUAAUGUAUAUAUUAUGUUUUUUAUCGGAAAGUCUUGCACUAUCUGCAGAAGUUAUGUUGGAGAAAAACUAAAAGGGGAAAAAAAAAGACCCCUUUUAAUCUACUGUGUUGUUAUAGAAUGUCACACCCUCUUUACAAAAAAUAAUUUAGAUCUAUUUCAGCGACUGUGAUCAAGAUUUCAGCCUGUCCCAGCUCUCUGUGUAAACUAAUCCAUUAUUUGGUCUCUCAUUUUUCACGAUUUUGAUGGCUUAUAUUUGGCUGAAAUGUUUAUAUGUUCAUGGUUUUAGUAUUUUUUUCCCCAGUUCUCCCAUUUCCAGGAAUGAAGGUGAGGACUCCACUGCCAUUUUAAUUACUUGCUUUUCCCAUUUUAAGGAUUACAUUUCUGGGCUCCUUCCCCCCCCCCAACCCCUUUACUCAGCAGACAGUGAAAAUGUCGUAUUGAGACAGGUUUAGAGCUGUUGGUAUGUCUAUGGCUUUAUUUGAGGAGUCAAAAAAUUCCAAGUGAAAUGUUUGGGUUUACUGAGAAUAGUGAAUACUGGACCUUUAAAUAGGCCCCUUUGUCUUUAUUGCCACUGAUUAACUAGCGGGAAACUUCCCGAAACCCUUUCUUUAAUAGAACUUGAAUUUUAUUUUAUUUUUUUUAAUUGAAUGGCGCAAAACCAGCAAAAAGAUAGAAAACAGGAUACUUAUUAAAAUAUAUUGUAACUUCAUUCGAUCUAUUUUUAAAUUUUUUUUUUUAAAGUGGUUCUGUCACGGUUUGGGUGCUUUGGGACUUUGCAUAAUUUACAAAGACCCCUCACACGGUGACAUUGAUGCUGGUUGCAAAGUGGGGCAGGGAAAAAUGAGAUUUACUUACCUGAACUUUGAAUUCUCACCUUAGUGAAUAACCUUUACUCAUAGGCAAAUGAUAGAGAGUCAAUUAAAAGGAAAUUUUAUUCAGACAUAUCAUCCAAAAUGAAUUCUAGCAGGGAAUAGGAGUCUUAGUUACUCGUUUAAUUGAACUCAUUAAUUCUCCUUUUAAGAUUCUCAGGCUUUUUGUACCAAACGUAAGAAUUCACUUUGAAUUCUCCCUUCAUUAAAAACCGGUGUCAAUAACCUAGAAAUACACCCCAACAUUGCACUUAUAACAGCAUCUCGUUGUCAUUAAAAACACAAUGUGGGGUUACUGAACAUGUGUUGGGGACACUCCCAUGCAGCCAGUCAUGCGCAUGUUCAGCAAUUUCUCCUAUAGAAUAUCGCUGUGAGAUAUAAAAUCAGACUGAGUGGCACAGAGAGGCACAUCGAUCUAUAAGGUCUAUAAAAGGCCUUUCUGGUGCACAAACCUGCCAGGUUAGUAGCCACCCAGGGCAGCCCAUGUGCAGUGAUCUGUGGAGCCAGAAAUGCCCACCUAAUGCAAAUAAAAGCCAUUAAUGAUGCACAUUUACUGCGGUGGACUUUUCAUGGUCUUCGCAGAAUGUGUAGAUCAAGGCCAGCUGGUUAAGAAGACAAAGUUUGGACACGUUCUGAGUCACCUGGAAGAUGCUCCAUUUACCUCUUUUCCUAUUUCUCCAUUUGCUAUGUGACGGGUUAGAUCUUUGCAGCAGCUGAACAAACCAAGUGCAUGUGACGGGAUGACUUUACUGAAUGAAACCCUAACCAGACUGCCCAUUCCUUAUAUGAAGGCACAGUCUGUACAAUCUGCGCAUUCCUUAAAUAAAGGCACAGCUUGUACAGUCUGUCCAUUCCUUCUAUAAAGGAACAGCCCGUACAGUCUGCCCAUUCCUUCUAUAAAGACACAGCCUGUACAGUCUGCCCAUUCCUUCUAUAAAGACACAGCCCGUAUAGUUUGCCCAUUCCUCCAGCCAUAUACCUCCUAACAGUUAUAUCUUGUUGGAAAUUUCAGGUCUGAAUUUGUACUCGCCAAUGGCGAGGGUGCGAGAGUUCUGGCGCCACUAUUUAUAGUAUUGGUUUGUUUAAACCCCUUGAGGUAUUUGUAAUUUUGUCUCAUGGUAUUGGUGUGUUGUAGCUGAAUUCCUCUUGUUGUUUUAUUUAGCUCUAUGUGAGUACAUUCAGGCUUCUAAAUCCACCGAUGGUGUCGGACGUUUCCUUUCCAGCUCUGCAGAAGGUAAACGGAUUCCAGAGAAUGGACGUACCUGCUCUUCUAACCUCUGCCAUUCUGGUCUAAGAAAAUUCUAACCGUGUAGCCGCAUUGCUUAAUCUGGAGUAGAUAAAGCGGGGAUUAGGUAUAAAGAACAAUGUGUAGCAACCAGCGGGGACUUUCCACCAGUUUCCACGGUGAUAGCUCCACGUUAAAGGAUCAGUAACGCCACAAAAUAAAUGGCUUCACAUGUAAAAUUAAAGUCAGGGAAAACUGUAUGUGACAGUCAUUACAUGUUGAGUUCACAUGUGCACACGAUGGAAAGUGCUAACAAAAAAAAUCACAAACGGUAAAAACAGACUUAAUCUGUCACAUACCGUCACUUACCGUAUCUCACUCUGAUUCUACAUUUUAUCUUUUUCUUCCUUUUUCUCCCCCCUUCUUUCUCCUCUCCACACGUGUGUGUUUAUAAUACGCUCAUUUAGAUGAAUUUCAUUUGAGGCGUUAGUGUUCCUUUAAUCUUUGUACAUGAACCCUACUUAUGGUAACACUGUUAAAAGCAGGUCUUCCCAGAUGGAGCAGUGUCCGUUCAACUUGGAGUCUGCUCACUCUGUGAGUGCCUUGUACAGGGAGCAAUAGAAAGAUUUUAUGGUGUUUUCCUCUUGGUUUUUUUUUUUUUUUUUGAAUUUUUUGCAGAAGCAGAACGCUAUGAUAAUAGCAUUUUUAUUGCAGCAAUCUGUGACCUGUGACGUGUAACGUUGCUGUGAGAGAGAUAAAAGCUUUGCCGUGUUAGUAUGCUAUAUGCAUUUUAAGAGGAUAUGUUGAUCGAUUAAAACAGAAUUUACCUGAUCAGCUAACAGCCACCUAAAUAUUGCAGUAGGGUGAGUGAAGGGAUUUUCCAUUUACAAAUAAGACAUUGUUUUAAUUCCCUUUAAGUGCAAGACAUCUCCCAAAUAGACUGUUGAUGUCUAGAAAGAGACAGGCGUGGAAUGGCGUUACCAUGGUUACGGAUCAGCCGAUGGAAUCGCUAGUCAGUCAGUCUGUUGCGCUAACAGUUUAUUUAGGAAUGCAACUUAACCCAUUAGGUGCAAGGUUACAGCUUUGAGCAGGUUAAGAAUUCUUUUAUUGAUCAAUAGAAUUUCUCGACCGUAGUCCACAUUAGCCAGGAUUGCAGUGACAUCACCAAUCCAAUUGGUUUCUAAUUACAUCUUUAUAUUGCUCCCCGUUACAUAUUUGGGCUACACAGGGUCUGCCUCGGUUAUCUCAAUCUGCUACUUAUGGGUUUAAUUUAUGUAGGCUCUCUGCUGCUUUUGUUAGAAAUGCUUUGGUAGGUUUAGGGUCGCUACACUGUCCUUCCAGCUUCUCUCUACGACUCCCAAAUGGGAUCUUUUCAGUGAUUUGCUUGAUCAGAUACUGCUAUCCGUGUGCGCAGGGUUUUACGCUUAUUAGCCGCAACAUGUCUUAAAUGAAACGCACAGGAAAAAACAGCAAUUCAUCUCUGUGCGGUCUUAAUCCUAACUAAAAUAAAGUCCAGGUAUGCUCGGCUUUCUGCGUCACAUUGAAAAUAUGUUGGCGCUUUAUUAAGAAUCAAUGAUAGAGCCCCCACAAUAUUUACCCUUCUUCAACGAGGGAGAUUUGCUAAGCUGGGACGCUGCAGACUGAGUGCCAGUCAUUCCAUGUCUGAAAUGAUUAAAUCACAAAGAUUGCCCGUGUUAUUCUCUUCCUGACUGCUAAUUCCUUUACUAGCGCAUUAGACUUAGACCGUGCAAAUCUGAGUUGCUGCUUUUUUUUUUUCAAAUGCAAUCUAAAAACCAAAAAGAGGUUCUAAUUGUGUGAAUGUCGAUUUCUGUCGAAAUAACACAAUCUGUUUGUCAGGUGUUCUUUAACUCUCAUGCUACACUAACCAGCUUGUUCUCUCCUGUCUGCCUGGUGAUCUGCUUGGCCUGUUUGCCGUGACGUCUAUAAGGCUGGAUAAAAGUUCUCACUAUAUGUUAUCUCUCUCUCUCUCCCCUCCCUCUCUCCCUCUCUCUCUCUCUCUCUCUCUCUCGUUCAAAGGAGAGAAUUUUGAGCAGACUCCCCUUAGACGUACUUUCAAAUCAAAAGUCCUGGCCAGGUACCCCGAGAAUGUGGAAUGGAACGCGUUUGACCAGGAUGCAGUAGGAAUGGUGCGUCCCAAAUUUUCUAAUCCGUUGCAUGCGAUGUGCUUCCUUCCAAACCUUAGUUCUAUCGGCAUUUAUUAAACACUAUAAACCAGCUGCAUUGAUUUAAUAAUCUGUUCCGCCUUACAUAGUUUAACACAAGUGUAAUUCUGGCUUUUGGAAUAUAUUUCAUAUGUCGCAGUCAUUUCAUGAAAUGUAACAACUUUCAUCUGUGUUUAAAGAAAGCCAUUUUUGGGAUGUGAGGUGGCAUGGCAGGGGGAUAAAUUCCCUGUGAAUAACAAAUAUGAUCACUUUCUCUGUGUACAGUCUGUAUUGUAGCCUGCCUGCCUAGUCAAGUCUUGUACCACCUGCUAGUGAAUUAAUUAGGCAAUAUUACAAAUUCUAGGCCUAAUUAACCAACCCCCCCCCCCGGGAAACUGAUAUGUAUUAGCUAUUAGAAAGAAAGGAAAAAAAAAUGCUUUUGUUUCUAGCAUUACGUUUUAUAAUAAAUUUAUGCAUGCUGUGUAUAUGGUCUGUUAUGGACGCUAGUGUGAUACUCCCACUGCCCGCAUUACCGCAGAUUGCACCAGAAAAGUGUUUUUUAAUUUCUUUCUACAUUAUGAGAGAUUCCGUUAUUGUUUGAUAGUGUACUCAGUCUGAUAAUCAAUCACAUAUCAAUGUAUCCAGAAACGUUUAUCACGACGGUUUGUUUUAAUGAAAUGUUUUUGCAGCUAUGCAUGCCGAAAGGACUGUCCUUCAAGACGCAGUCAGAUUGCCGGGAUCCCCAGUACCAUUCCUUCAUUAUCACCAGGGAAGAUGGGUCAAGGACGUUUGGUUUCGCUCUUACAUUCUUUGAGGAAGUCACCAGCAAACAGAUCUGCAGUGCCAUGCAAACGCUUUAUCACAUGCACAACGCCGAGUACGACAUCAUCCACACAUCGGCCACCAAUGGCAGCGGCCACGCAGACUGUAUGGAGGACUGCAGUGACACAUCAGUGUCCAAAUUGCAACGUUUUAAUUCUUACGACAUUUCACGAGAUACAUUGUACGUGUCUAAGUGUAUCUGUCUCAUUGCACCCAUGUCCUUCAUGACAGCCUGUAAGAAAGUUCUGGAGCAACUUCACCAGGCUGUAACGUCCCCCCAGCCUCCUCCAUUACCGUUGGAGAGCUAUAUAUACAACAUCCUCUAUGAGGUGCCUCUUCCCCCAGCCGGGAGGUCCCUGAAGUUUUCAGGAGUUUAUGCGCCCAUCAUCUGUCAGCGGCCAAGCACCAACGAGCUGCCACUCUUUGACUUUCCCGUCCAGGAGGUUUUUGAGUUACUCGGUGUGGAAAACGUUGUCCAACUUUUUACGUGCGCCUUGUUGGAGUUUCAGAUUCUCUUGUACUCGCAGCGUAAGUAAUCCGCAGCAGAAUUGCAGGUAAUCUUUAUCGCCAUCCAGGGAGGUUAGUUUUUUGGGAUUAUGUGGCUAUCCGAUUAGGACACUGGCCUAAAAUAGGAUUUAAUUUGCGUUAAAGGGAUAUAAACACCAAAACUAAUUUACAUGAGCUAUAUACCAAAACCACUACAUCCCAAUGGGAUUUAUUAAUUAAACCAGCAAUUAUGUAGAACUAGGAAAAUAAAUGAAAAUGUUAAGCCAAAUUUAGAGUUUGAGAAUAAUUCCUGUUAUUUUACCCUAAAGUUUGCAAUUCUCUCAUCAAUUCUGCAAAAUUCCUGCUUUAUUGAAACCUCUUGCAUAUAUUUUCUUGUCUGGGUAAAUGUCGGUAAAUCUAGAUUCAUACAUUUUCCUGGAAUUUAAAAUCCAGUAUAGCCGGUGAGGAUGCCUGAGAUUUUGUGGGCUGAUUAGUGCUUUAAUUGGAUCAUUGCCUUGCUAUUUCAGAUUACCAGCGGUUAAUGACGGUAGCCGAGACCAUCACUAGCCUGAUGUUUCCGUUCCAGUGGCAGCAUGUCUAUGUCCCGAUACUCCCGGCAUCACUGCUCCACUUCCUAGACGCUCCCGUCCCUUAUCUCAUGGGAUUGCACUCAAACGGGCUGGAUGACCGGUCUAACUUGGAGCUCCCACAAGAGGUAGGAGCAUCUCAGAUGUCCAUGGACACACGGUUUCUGUAAUUAAUCUGUUGGAAUGUUCAGAAUUACCCAGCUGCCCUCUGUUUCAUUCUAUAUCUAUAGUAGUUAUCUAGAUGAAUAAACAUGAUACAUGUUUAAGGUGCUAAAUGUUAUGAUCAUCCAGUCUCUAUGGACCAACACUCCCACCGCAGUCAGCCAGCCAGAGGACAGACCGUAUCAGCCUUGCGAUUCUUGGUCUCUUCACAGUGUGCUAUGUGACUCAUACACAUCUCGCCCUGUAUAAUCACUGGAUUGUUCACUAGAUGUCAAUGACGCCUUGUCUUCGCUAUAAACAGAUCUUUUAUGAAUGCUACGGAUUGCUUUGUGGGGGUGGAGAAUUUGCAAUGCAGGGAGUGAGAUAACUGGCCUAGUUUUUCCUUUCCACUAGAAGAUCUUUUUUAAAUUUACUAAUCCCUGUUUAAACCCCCCACAUGUCAGGUAUGAUAUUUUUUCCAUUUUUAUUUCUAUUUUUUGUUCCUUUAUAGACUAGGAGAUAUUAAAUAUGUUCGUCAUGGUUUAUGGUCCUUUCUGUAAUCCACUAGAACAGUGAUGGCUAAUCUUGACAUCUCAGGUUUUCUAUGAGCUACAUUUCACACAAUGCACGGCCAGCAUUUACAUACAGAUAAUGUGGGGUGCCAAAGCUUGUACAUACAUGUCUUCUGUUACCUGUAAGAGAUAAUGAGUGAAUUGCUGUUAGCGGUAAGUUGGGUCCUGUUAACUCUCGAGAUGUGUGUGCAUUCGUAUUAUUCCGCCAUCUUGCCUUUUUUGUGUAAUUUUUAAAACUCCUUUCCUUCCAUACGUGGUGAUUGAUCACAUUGACUCUAUCCCGUAAAGUCUGAUGGAGAGUUUGCUUUUUCAUUCUUGUGCCAGAAAGAGGGGUUUGUCCAUUCUUGUUUCUUGCAUUUUAUUCUAUAAAACAUAAUCUGUUUCCCUCAUUUCUCACUGCUUUGUCUUUUAGGCCAAUCUUUGUUUUGUCGACAUAGACAACCAUUUUAUAGAGUUACCCGAAGACCUUCCCCAGUUUCCUAACAAGCUGGAGUUUAUUCAGGAGGUGUCUGAGGUUCUGAUGGAAUUUGGAAUCCCACCGGAGGGGAACCUGCACUGCAGCGAGAGCGUAUCCAAACUGAAGAACCUCAAGACAGCUGACCUUGUGUCUGAUAAGAAGAAUGGAAACUUAGCCCGUUCCCCGUUAAACUCCUUUGAACUUCUCAAAGAAAACGAGACGUUGGCUCGAAUUCAGGCUCUUGUCAAGAGGACCGGAGUUAGCCUUGAAAAGGUGAGUUAAUUACUCACAGCCUCCUUAGAGACUGUUGCUUGUCAUCUGUUGCUAUGGCAAAGCUGCCUUCUUAAAAUCCUGAUGAUUAAGUGGUAGACCCGUAAAGAUUCGUAUACGACCAUUUAAAUCCUCUUGGAUCCAUCAUGAAUAUAAACGUUGUAACCGCGACACAUGCUGAAGGCUGAGAGACAGGCAGACACGCAUUGUUUGUUAAAGCUGUGAUUAGAUACUGGAGUCUGUUUACCUUAUUAUAUCAUCCUAUAUUUAACAGUAUCUCUUUCUUUAGAAAAAAAUUAAGGUAUGUUAAGGAAUGCUGAUUGUACAGUUUAUUAUUUUGUGCUAAGAAAGCCGUUUCUAUGUUUAUAAAAGCAGGUUAUAUGCAUGUUCGUAGAAUUAUCCUGUAAAUCUAUUCUGCUCUUAUAAACUAGGUGUUUAUAAUUUGUCACUUUUAAACAUGACUGCUGUCUUAUUGCAGGUGGAAGUGCAGGAGGAGUCCAGCAGCAGGAAGGAUGGGAAGGCUCAGUGUGAUGAGCAUGAGCUGCGGAUUAAUCAGCUAAACAUCCAGGUCCGCGAGGUGUUUGGGAACCGUUUUACACAAAUGUUUGCAGACUACGAGGUGUUCGUCAUCCAACCGAGUCAGGACAAGGAUUCCUGGUUUACAAACCGUGAGCAGAUGCAGAACUUCGACAAAGUGAGUGUUUGCUUGUUAUUGGCUGCUCGCUGGCGACAGCGUGUUUGUGGCUGCUCGCUGGAGGCUGCGUGCGAGUGGCUGCUCGCUGGAGGCUGCGUGCGAGUGGCUGCUCGCUGGAGGCUGCGUGCGAGUGGCUGCUCGCUGGAGGCUGCGUGCGAGUGGCUGCUCGCUGGAGGCUGCGUGCGAGUGACUGCGUGUUAGCGGCUGCGGAUAAAUCUGAAUGUUUUCAAGAAAUGUUUUUGCAUUGACCCAGCAUACUAAAAUAAAUUCUGUUAUUAAUUAUAAUAAAGUUAAAACUAAAGUUACACAAUUUCCUGUUCUACGUGUCACAGAACUUAGGCAAUAGGAGAUGAAGGGAGACUAGAGCCCUCUUACAUGAAGGCUGUGUUCCGAUUGGCUGCUUGCUAUUUUAACCAUUUGGAGUAUAUUUAAGUUUGUGUACAAUUUCUAGAUCUCCUGCUCGUGAUUGUAUAUCUUUUGCUUGGGACUGUUCCCAAGGUAUUUUUGUUAGUCGUGGGGUUCUGGUGGCUGCUGGUUUUGUGUUUUUUCCUUGUGAUUGUCACUCCGUUAUUAUGUUGUGUUCUCUAGCUUGCAAGUCACAGAUCGUAGCACUUUGUGGAACCUCCCAUCGUACAGACUGAGCUUACAUAUCUGCAUAUCGGAGGUCUGUUUUGACCAGUCCAUCUUUGAGACAAUGACUUGCAGAGCUUCAGAGCCCUUAGCCGCUGUCCCUUGACUUCCCCAUUUUAGCUCAUCGUGUGAAUGCAAUUAUUGCCCAAUAUCGUGUUGCUUGUUUUUCGGUCGGGUUAACCCAUUCCCUACCAACCCUGUGCAUGAUUUAGUUUUUCCAUGCAAAGUAAAAGAAAAUAUCUCUCUCUUUGCUCCACUGCUGAUCCUUACGUGGCAGAGAAACAAUUUUUCUCCUGUUUGUUGGUGACCAGUUUCAGAUUCACCGUCCUGAUUCCCCCAGCAAACAAGCCAGUCUUUCUUUAUUCGAUGUUCCUACAGCUGUCUUUAAUUUUAACUAUUUAAUUGCAUCACAAGCAACACCAAUGUGUGUACCUUGGUGUUAUUUCCCUAUUAUAUCCUUUAGAUUGUAAGCUCAAACGUUAUCUUGCUAAGCAGUUUGUAUAAAAGUACUGUAUUUGCUAAAUUGUAAGCUCAUGGGCAGGGUCUGUUUCUUUUGUAUAACUGCAUGUUCAUUUUUUGUCUUUAUCCCCCUAUUGUACAUAGCUGCAGAUUAUGGUCGCGCUUUUUAAAUACCGUCUCCACUUUGCAUAUGUUGAAAGAAUAGUGCUGCAGGGAGUGGGGAAGGUUUGGUAUCUGGGGCACUGCAGGACUUCGGUGCAGGGUGCAAUAGCAGCUUGUAGUGUCUAUCUAGAACAAGUAUCUAAUUUUACCUAGAUAAUUGUAUUUAAUCUGAAGGUACUUACAAGCACUCAAAGCCUGUAUAUUGUGCUUACAUUUUGGAAUCCGUAUCCCAAGACAUGCCUGCAUGUUUCUUAUAAAAGCAAAAAAAUUUGAGAUUGGCGACCAAAAGUCGCAUAACAACCCGGUAAUCACUCUAGUGGCUGUCUGAUAGACAGCCACUAGAGGUGGAGUUAACCCACAAAGGUAAUUAUUGCAGUUUAUAAUCAUCUUUGCAGGGUUAAGGGACCUGGGACUACACACCAAGACCACUUCAAUGAGCUGGUUGUCUAUAGUGUCCCUUUAAUCAUUACCACCCCCAUGCUUUGUGUGAACACCCUGCCCAGUUGCUCCAUAAUUUAAUAUCCGGGAGAAUAUUUGAAAUGUUAGUUGAUUGGAGCGGAUAAUCCGUAAUCCAGUAAAUGAUGCAGUCUGCACCGUAUAUUUCUCCCAUGUAAAAAUACAGACGAUAACCCAAUGAUGUUGGAGUAAUCUAUAAAGAGUGAUGCGCUGAAAAGCCAUGUGGCAUAUGGGGCGAUUAAAUGGCCUGCAUAGAAUGCUUAAAUAUUUUUUUGUUUACGCAGAUCCCUAUCCUUUUGUGUAUAGGUUGUCAGGUGAUAAAGUGAUUAUCAUCAUUUAUAUCGCACCAACAUAUUCCGCAGUGCUUUACAAUUAUAAAACAGGUGCUCUGGGCAAUUGAUGCCUCUUGUGUUUCAUUUCACUGAGCCAACCAAACCAGGAAGGAACUGGAAUGGUUGUCUGAUUGACAGUCAGGUGGGUGUAACAAGGUUAAUAUAUAAAAGUGUCAGUUUGUAUUGAAAUCCACACUUUUGGUAAAAUGAAAAAAAGAGGACACACUCUUCACACGUAAAGCUUUUCAGCAAGAUAAACUGCUUUAGGUGUUUUUCCUUUGAUACUCCACUGGAGUGCUUAGUUACUAGAGAAAAAAAUAAUUAUGUCUGAAUUUCCCUACUUUCUUUUAUUCACUUUUUUCCCCCUGAGUUUUGAUAAGUUAUAUAAAAAAACGAAUCAAUUCUAACAAGUGAAGGCCCAACACGAGGUCAGGGUAGGGUGCUAAAAUCUUUAGGGAUCGACACUUCAAAGUCACAAUAUUGUAAUUGGGUAAAACCUUGUGCACGUAAUGUUGGGUCACAUGGAGGAAAAAGGUAAAAUUACUAAAGAGAAAGCAAAACUGCUCACACAAAUCUCAUCCAGAGCACCAAUCAGACACUGCUCUGUGAGGCAGAAAGAGCACACGCCGGACCACAAGCUGUCUAAUAGAUAAAUGUACAAUUCAAUCCAGUUCCCUCUCCUUUUUUUUCCCAAUAUUUAGAUCCCUGCAAACAUAUAACCAAAAUGGGGAAAAAAAUUAAGAUUACCGCAGAUAAUCCAGAAAUUCUAUGGUUUGCUGCACAGGAAUACCUUUUUAUAUUGAUUGAUACUGCAAGUGAGCUAGGGAAAUAAUAAUUCAGACACAUUUACAGCCUCUUCUCAUUGUUUGUUUUUGAUGAAGCAAAGUUUUCUGUCGGCAUUUACAAUAAAAUUUUAAUUUAUUUAAGGACAUUUAGAACCAUUCAAUGUAUCUCUUUUCAGGCAUCAUUUCUGUCGGAUCAGCCUGAGCCGUACCUGCCUUUUCUCUCCCGAUUCCUCGAAACGCAAAUGUUUGCCUCGUUUAUUGACAUUAAAAUUAUGUGCCAUGAUGAGGAUGACAAAGAUCCUAUUCUACGGGUAUUCGAUAACCGAGUAGACAAGAUUAGACAAUUAAACGUCCGGACGCCAACGCUGCGCACGUCGAUGUACCAGAAAUGCACAACUAUUGAAGAAGCAGGUGAGACUCUCUAAGCCUAGCUUCAGGUAAAACACAAACCUCUUAAGGUUCCAUAUUUAGGGAUGGUUUUAGAGGAAAUGUAAUAAAUGUGUUUAAUCUCAGCUGGUGAUUCCCUUACCCAGAAAGUUACUCACCUUAAGUUGAUCAUGUUAUCGGCACGUUUUUUGGAGGACCGAUCUACCUUCAUAAAGGGUUGAUUGGACACUGGAUGAAUAUGUUGCCCUUUUUUUAAAAAAUCACUGGGUCCCACAAGCAGUUGUUAUUUUGAGAAGGGGCCGAGAGCUAGCAAGCUCAUAAAAUGACAAAGGAACGUGGAGCUCCAAAAGGCUCUGACUGGGCUGUAGAUCUGGAAUUAAAGAUCUGUCCUGUUGGGGACCGAUAUGGUUUCUCUUGUCUGAUAUAAUGCAGAUAUGAAAUGCACUAUAAUCAAUUAAAUGCAAGUAGUAAAGAUUACUGUGUCUGAGUCAUGAUUAUCUUUUCAUUUACUCAAUUACUGUAUAUAUUUAAGGAUGUCCAACCACAAAGCAUGAAUUAUUCAUGUUUUUUUUGUGUGCAACUUAUUAGUAGUUAGUAGUUCUUUGUACAGCUAAUUUAAAAACAAAACAACAAAAAAAGAAGCCUCCUUUUAACGUCUGUUUUUGUUUCUAUGGUACAUACGAUAUGUGGCACGUGACGACCUGUUUAACCCAUUGAGAUACAUUUUCAUUUUUUAUUUAUUUAUUUAUUUAAUUUUAUUGGGGGGGGGGGCUAAGGGUCUCUCAGUCCCUUUCAACUAUUCUCAAUUCUAGGAGAUGCAGUGCCAUACAUUUACAGGAGUGGGAGGUAUAGAGACUAGCGCCCCCCCCCCCACCCUUCCCCCAGAGGAUUACCCCCAGUGUAAAGCUAAUAGAGCCAUAUCUUUUCUUUCUCUGUUGACCAGUGAAAGCUAUAGAACUACGUCUAUCCAAAAUCGAUCACACUGCAAUCCACCCGCAUCUCUUAGACAUGAAGAUUGGGCAGGGCAAGUACGAACCAGGAUUCUUCCCUAAACUUCAGUCAGACGUUCUCUCUACUGGGCCGGCUACGAACAAGUAAGAAAAAUGGCAUUGUUUGUAAACUUUAAUUUAUGAUACAUCUGCGACACUCCAACAAGAUAGCAUUUCGUCAGUAUUCAUUUUCCAUGUGUUUGUUUUGUUUUUUGUUUAAUAAUAGUUUUGUUUUUUUUGUUUUUUUUAACAUAAUGUCCUCUACGCUGUUUUUAACUUCAUGCAAUCUAUUAAAGGAGUACUGCAGUUUCUUAAUGUGCUUUGGGUGUAAUGUUUCUAUCCCUGUACAUUCUUUAUCAAUGUGUGGAUUUCAGGAGAAAUCGUCACUUUUACUAUACUCCCUUGGGCAAUAACUUGCAUUACAUCUUACUUGUCUUAAUCUCUUGUUUUGGGACUCCUUGUCAGCGAGGCCCUCGGAAUGUUCCCCACGGAUGGGGUUAAGGUACAUGGUGUGAUCUUUAGUUUCUCCGUUACAUUGCCGUGAUGGCUCUGAGUGCGCUGUCAUCUCUGGUACAAAUCUCUACUGUAUUCAUCUGUGACCAAAAUAUCACCGGAUACAUUGUAUUGUUUCUGCAGAUGGACUAAAAGAAAUGCUCCGGCUCAAUGGCGACGCAAGGACCGUCAGAAACAGCACACAGAGCACCUCCGGUUGGACAACGACCAGAGGGAGGUAGGGAUGUCCCUGUACUGUCAAAAAUAAUGGGGCAGUAUUUAUGUAACACACAGACCCCAGAAUCCCGACAGGAAGUGAAGACCACAACUUUCAUUGGUUGUGUGUAGCUCUCUCUCACAGCAGACUUCACCUCCCUGUUUCCAGUCCCCUUUCUCAGUCACGGUAAUACAAGCCACUGAUCCUGACAUGGUGGAGGAAGGUUUUUAUCUCUGCUGGGGCAUUUUGUGCAACUCUACCCACUCCAGACAUUCUUUGUAGUUCUUUUCUUAACCUAUCGUUUCUCCCAUUCAGGUCCUAAAAGCUGCAAUAUGUACUAAGCUCCGUUUUUAGAAUUUUCUUCUUUCCUAUCAUGGUCCCCUUUCCAGUUCUCUAAAUCUUCCUAUACUGUGCUCCUACCUCAGACAACUAGUGUACUUUGGCUAUACACCCCUUACCUCUAUCCCUUUGGUGUGUACAUUCGUCGUUCACUCAAACCUCUUACGGGUACAUGUGUGCGACCUGUUAGAGGCACAGUCUCCAAACUGAGCAAAGAGAAUAGUAAUCAGGUGCUUCCCAAACCUUCACUGUAGCCAGAGCCUGCUUUCACUCCAUACACAGCGCUCGGAGAUCCAAGAUAGUUAGUCAGCGCUAAUUAACAAUGGGUAGGCAGCGGCCCCAACAAUAGGAAUCCCUCAAAAACACUUUGACAAAAUCACGACAAAAGAAAAAGAGAGAAAGGGCUGCGCCACAAGUAAAUAACGAUAAAAGGUACAACUGUAUCUGGCACAAAGGCAGAUUGGCCUAGUGCAAGAAAAAUAAAAGUCUCACAAUAUAAGUUCUUGAUAUCUAAAGGUGAAAGUCAGUGCUUGAUAGGGUGUACUGUCCUCCGUUCUACUUGGCCAUAGAUAAAAAUAGAAGACAAAAGACAGGGUAGGUGAUAGUGCAGCUUGUUUGAUUCUGUCAGAUACAAGUAAGAAAAAAUAGCGAUGGAACACUCACAUUUAAAGAACUACAGCUAGCUCCAGUAGUAAGGGUGUACAGCGGUAUGAUCCCCUCUUUAAAGGAUAUACAACAAGUGUCCACCACGUCCACACCAAGAUGAUAUCGAAGACAGGGGACAGGUGACAGUGCAGUUGUUAAAUACAGUCAGAUAAAAGUAUAAAAUAGUGGUGAAACACUCACAUUUAAAAGAGAUAUAGCCAGCUCUAGCGAUAAGGGCAAACAGCGGUAUAAUCCCCACUUUAAAGAAUAUGCAGCAAGUGUCCACCACGUCCACACACGCAGGAAAGGCAACAGAUAGUGCUCUCAAUAAAAUAAAACGAUAAACAUGCAAGAAAUGUAGAUAAUGUGGUUUAAGGCAACAGAUCUGAUUUCAUAUCAAAUGACAACACGAUUUAUUUAUUUAUAGAAAUAUAUACAAGAAGCAAGAAAUUUGGGGAGUUCAAUCCGCCAGCCUAAACUCUCAAACCUGUCCCCCUCUGUGAUCGCACAGACGAACUGGAAAUUUGUAGAAGGAUUGCUGAAGGAAUGUCGCAACAAGGUGAGAAGGCAUUCUGUCAGAGUCUGUGCUCUCAUUCUAGAUUUUUGGGGGCUCCAUGCUACAAAGUAAUAGCCUGCUUUACCGUAAAACACACAGCCUGCCCGUACCUUGAUUGUUCAUUGACAAUAACCUCUCCUUACCUUAAAGGGAAACAAUAUAUCCAGAGAUGCAUGGUUUUAAAUUUAUAUAAUUGCUGAAAAAGUAAAUACAUUUUGUAAUUUUUGUGCAAGUAUUUUGUAAGCCCUAAAAACGUACCUUUCAAUAUUAUAAGUGGCCUCUGUGGUUGAAGAAUUUGUUUGUACGGUUCCGCUUCCUUUUUUUAAAGUUUUUAAAUGUAUGCAUCAGCUUUUUUUUUAUACAGAUUAUCUAUCAGCAUUUUGCUGCCUCAGCUCUGAAUUCUGCAAGUAUUUAGACUCCUAAUGAAUGGCUAUAGAUGGUAUUUUACAUGCUUUCAUAACUACAUUUGAGAUUUGUUAUCUAGAAGACAAUGCGUAUGCUAAAGUCCUGACAAAGAUCAAUAUAUCUUCAGGUUUACUUUAAAUGCAGCAUAUCUUCAGUUUUUAAUUGCCUGCAAAAACAAGGAGAGGAGCACUUUAAGGGUUUAUAGUAUCCGAUCAGAUAUUAAACGACCACUAUAGUGCCCUGAUGGUGCCCCCAACCUCAGGGUCCCCCUCCCGCCAGGCUGCAUGGAGAGGAAGGGGUUAAAUCUUAACUUUUUCCACCGCCGGGCUCCCUUGGCGCGGGGAACUCUCCUCCUCCUUUCCCAGUCAUCGGCUGAAUGCGCAUGCGCGGCAAGAGCCGCGGGCGCAUUCGGCCAGUCUCAUAGAAAAGCAUUCUCAAUGCUUUCCUAUGGACGCUGGCGUCUUCUCACUGUGAAAAUCACAGUCAGAAGCGCGGAAGCGCCUCUAUCGGCUGUCAAUGACACAGUCACUAGAGGCUGGAUUAACCCAUUUGUAAAUAUAGUAGUUUCUCUGAAACUGCUAUGUUUACAGCGGAAAGGGUUAAUCCUAGGUGGACCUGGCACCCAGACCACUUCAUUAAGUGGUCUGGGUGCCUAUAGUGAUCCUUUAAAUGCAAGAUUUGCCACAAAAAUCGUAACAAGGCCUAGAUCUGUACGAUAAGAUUUAAUAACUUGCAUUAUUUUUUGUAAAUUUAAUCUAAGUGACACAACAUGUAGGUAGAUAUAAUGAGCCAAACCUCUAAAUGCCAGGCAGAUUGAGGAUAUAACGGAUUGCAGUCAGAGACUGAGAGCCCUCCACCCCCCCCCUCCCUCCCAAUUUUCCAGCACACCUUUUUUGGUAGAUGGUAUAACAAAAUAACCGCAAUGCAACUAAAAAGGCCAUUCGAAGGAAAGGAAGCCCUACACCACUUUAGUGAUUAUUGUAGGGAGGUGGAUUCCUGUUUUAGGGAGUUUGUUUCUAAUAAUGUCCACUGUAUCUCAGACAAAGAGAAUGCUGGUAGAAAAGAUGGGCCGGGAAGCUGUAGAAUUAGGCCACGGAGAAGUGAGCAUCACAGGAGUAGAGGAGAAUACUCUGAUAGCCAGUCUGUGCGAUCUUCUGGAGAGGAUCUGGAGCCACGGUCUGUUGGUGAAACAGGUAAAACUUGUCUCUGUGUGGAUGAGUGACCGCGUCCCUUUCUGUCUCAAAAAUCCAUGAACUGUCCCUCUGUCUGCCACAGGGGAAAUCCGCUUUGUGGUCCCACUUGCUACACUAUCAGGACAACAGGAGAAGAAUUGCAGGGGGAAGCAUCAGUACCUCAGGUCAUUUUACAAUUCAUCUAUACUGAAUGAUGGUAUUUAAAUUAUUUUCUAGUUUGUUUAUCCAGAACGUUUUCUUUUAUGUAAUAUUUUCAUUUUGACAGCACAACUCCUAGGCAAUGAAUUCCCGAUCGUUAAUGCCCUUCCUGUAAAGAGCCAUUUGCUCUGCUGUCAUUGAUAUUUUUUCCCCCCUGCAGUGAAGUAGAAUCCUGCUCACACUGUAUUACCCAGCUUAACAUCGUCUGCUGGCACGGACAGAUCAUUAAUAAACUGAUUUAAAGAAAAACUCACCCGGAACAGAGCCCUGGGGGUCACUGCUUACCAAUUUGGCCCAGUUUACAAAACUUCCAUGAGACUCCUCGCCGUACUCUGAACGUUUCAGUUUAGACCUAUCUUUCAAUGUGUGCAGUAAGCGUUCUAUACAGGAUAGUCUGAAUGAGUAUUGUGUGUGUCACAGACUCCAUUGGCCCAAAAUGAAAGGUUUAUUAAAAGUUCUUCAUUCAUUUUAGAAAUCUUUUUAGAAACUGAAAGACGGAAAUCUGACCCAAAUCCUGUGAUGUGUCCUCUAAAAGUUUCACUGGUGCAGGACAUGAGGUGAGUUAUAUUAUAGCAUAAGGCCCAGUAUUUCCUGAUACAGUCACACAUGUGUGUUCAUAUAGAUGUAAUUACUUGUUUUGUUAGCCAUUUUGUAUGUGUAUCCUAAAUUGUAUUUAACUUUAUUUUUAUUUUCAAUAUUUUUCUAUUUAAAAAAAAAUAAAAAUAAAUUAUUUCUGGGAGUUCAAUGUGAAUUUCAAAAUUACCAAACAGAACACUAAAUUGAUAAUUUUUCUUAUUUUAUGGCUAUUCUGGCCUACAUUUUUAAAUUCUAUUUGAAUUUCCUGCAUUACUAACCUAAGUAAAUUACUCUGUAAAAUUGUGAAUUCUUUGCUGCCAGGUUUGUGGAAUGUUUAAUCAGACUCCUAUUUUCUUCAUCAAUAUUUUCACAAUCAAUUUCCUCACCUCAAUGAAGGAGCGUCACGUUCCUGUUGAAAUCAAGCUUGGCAAACGCAUGUGUUUGUGCGCACGCCUGGGAAAAUCAUUCACAUGAAAUGGCUGUGAACACAGACAUAUGCACGUCACUCUCUGCUGGUCAUUGUUAUUUCCUAAAACCAGACACCGUUGUUUACUGGGGGUUAUAACACACAGAAUGAGAUCAGACGUGUUUUUAUCCUCUUUACUUCAAUAUUCACAGAGCCACAGAGUUCCUGAUUUACUCAUUAUAGGUCUGAUUUGAUUUAAUUUAAUGUUGUUUCCCCUUUCCAGGCACAUCCAGAACAUCGGAGAGAUUAAAACUGAUGUAGGAAAAGCCCGGGCCUGGGUCAGACUCUCUAUGGAGAAAAAACUUUUCUCCAGACAUCUUAAACAGCUUCUCCUUGACUACGAACUUACCAAGUAAGACACGUGGCGCACGGGGUCAUUCAGCUUAGGUCUGAUGAGUGUUAAAUUCCUGUAUCGAAACACGUCUGAAUAUCAGUUUCUCUCUCAUUGAAGAAUUGUUUUAUUCUAGAAAACUCUACAAGCGAUAUGCCUUCCUACGCUGUGACGAUGAAAAAGAACAAUUCCUCUACCACUUGCUCUCCUUCAAUGCCGUCGAUUAUUUCUGUUUCACAAAUGUCUUCACAACAAUCAGUGAGUUUAAUUUUCUAUAUUUGUUCACAUAGGAGAGUUUACAUUGGUUCCAAAAGCCAAAUUAUUGUCCUUCGUUUAUUGUCCUAGAGAGGUGGAAAUGCAACCGCUUCUGUUUCUUGAGAACUCAUGAAGAUUAGGGGCACAGAGUACUAAAGCUGGUUUUGCUGCAUUGAGGGCAGAGAACAACUACAGCCAGCCAGCCACCACCCACCAUCCAUCACCCAUAGGCAGCCUGCACAUUAAAGUGUGGUCAGGAAAGCGCGACAGAGCCAUUCAGCGAUUAGGAAAGACAGUGAUCCACGAUUUUAUGUUGUAAUUAAUAAAUUUUUAUAAUGCGUGGUGCCUUAAAGAUGGUCAAUGCUAAAAAAAACAAAAAACAUGUAGACGAAAAUUGCAAAGGAUGCGAAUUAUUAAGGAUUUCAUAAACUAAACAUUAAUUUGUGAUAAUGAGCUAUCCUAGUUAGAAACAUUUAGUCCAAAACACUGCUUUUUUUAGCUGUGGGUAAAGAGGCUAUCUAUAUAAAAACACAUGUUGUAUAGGGUUACUGAGAUGUCCUGCACUCACACUGCGAUUUUGCACACUGAUCUUGAAUCCAGAGCUGGAAGUUGCUCACAUGAAAGGGUUAAAGCUCAGAGUUUUUAAUUAUAUUGGGUUUGUCUUUGUUAAUAUUUCACAUUUUGCUGUGUUCAUGCCUCACAUUUAAAGCUUUGUCCCAGAGCAAAAUAGCCAAAGCUUUGACCUUUUCUCACAGUAACAAACUUUUCUUCUACUUCCAGUGAUCCCCUACCAUAUUCUGAUUGUUCCCAGCAAGAAGUUGGGGGGCUCUAUGUUCACGGCCAACCCUUGGAUCUGUAUAUCUGGGGAGCUCGGGGAGACCGGUGUCCUGCAAAUUCCCAGGAAUAUCUUAGAGAUGACAUAUGAGGUUUGUGACUGUAUUCAUGCAUUUAAAUCCAAGUUCUGAAAUAAAAAUAAUCAACACAUCUCUUCCUGAAACCCACAGGUUUAUUGGGAAAACUUGGGGAAGAAGCGGCAUAGAUAUGUUGUUGUAGCAAUUACUCUUUAGCCACUAUAAACAUUUAAUCUCAUUGAAGUGGUUAUGGUGCCUGGUGUCCCCUGGUACUAACCCUCCUUUCAGGGAUAAAGCUCUUUUGAACAGACCCUAAAAAAAGAUCCCUGGCCCCAACGGGAAGUAUGGUUAAAGUAGAGACUUCUUUGUGGCCAUACCAAAUCAUACCAGCAGUGGUUGCUGUGAUAAGCUGAAUGUGACCAGCGAGCACCCUCAGCCAAUCACAGCCACCCAUUGCUACUCAGAAUAAUACUUCCUCAUCAAAACCAAGCAGCACAGAGGGAAUGGGCUGCUGGGGACUCUUGUUUAGCGUUAAAACGUUAAAUAUGCAGAAUUUAAUGCAGAAUGGAAGGAUGGCGUCAGGGGACUCCAGACACUAUAACCACUUCAAUGAGAUGAAGCAGUUACACUGCUUAUGUGUCCCUUUAUUUCUGCAUUCCUGAUCAGUGAAGUAUUUCACAGCCAAUAACCAUAUGGAAGGAGAUCAAAACAAAGGAAUUGGCCAAAUAUAUUGUAAUCAAUAAAACCUAGACUUCCUAAUUUUGAUUGAUAUCAGAAAACGGUCUAUGACUUUUAUUAAAAUACUGCAAAUUCCGAGCAUGUUGAUAUUAAAAUCCUAUUUCUUAAAUUAGAUGUUUGCUUAACACCUUAAGGACACAUGACAUGUGUGACAUGUCAUGAUCCCCUUUUAUUCCAGAUGUUUGGUCCUUAAGGGGUUAAAGGAGCACUAUAGGCACCCAGACCACUUCAGCUUAAUGAAGUGGUCUGGGUGCCAGGUCCAUCUAGAAUUAACCCUAUGUAAACCCUAUGUUUACAUAUGGGUUAAUCCGGCCUCUAGUGGCUGUCUCAUUGACAGCCGCUAGAGGCGCUUCCGCGCUUUUCACUGUGAUUUUCACAGUGAGAAGACACCAGCGUUCAUAGGAAAGCAUUGAGAAUGCUUUCCUAUGAUACUGGCUGAAUGCUCAUUCAGCCGAUGACGGGAAAAGGAGGCGGAGAGUUCCCACCGCCGAGGGAGCCCGGCGGUGGAGAAAAGGGUGAGUGUUUAACCCCUUCCUCACCCUUCAGCCCGGCGGGAGUGGGACCCUGAGGGUGGAGGCACCCUCAGGGCACUUUAGUGCCAGGAAAACAAGUAUGUUUUCCUGGCACUAUAGUGAUCCUUUAAAUCUGUGGUUUCAGAACAAGUGAGAUACCAUAGGACAAGUCUAAUUGAAUCCCUUUACACUGAAACAUGUGACGGCAGAUAAGAACCAUUCGGCCCAUCUAGUCUGCCCAAUUUUCUAAAUACUUUCAUUAGUCCCUGGCCUUAUCUUAUAGUUAGGAUAGCCUUAUGCCUAUCCCACGCAUGCUUUAUGGUGUUAAACUCUACCACUUCAGCUGGAAGGCUAUUCCAUUCAUCCACUACCCUCUCAGUAAAGUAAUACUUCCUGAUAUUAUUUUUAAACCUUUGUCCCUCUAAUUUAAGACUAUGUCCUCUUGUUGUGGUAGUUUUUCUUCUUUUAAAUAUAGUCUCCUCCUUUACUGUGUUGAUUCCCUUUAUAUAUUUAAAUGUUUCUAUCAUAUCCCCCUGUCUCGUCUUUCCUCCAAGCUAUACAUGUUAAGAUCCUUUAACCUUUCCUGGUAAGUUUUAUCCCGCAAUCCAUGAACCAGUUUAGUAGCCCUUCUCUGAACCCUCUCUAAGGUAUCAAUAUCCUUCUGAAGAUACGGUCUCCAGUACUGUGUACAAUACUCCAAGUGAGGUCUCACCAGUGUUCUGUACAAUGGUAUGAGCACUUCCCUCUUUCUACUGCUAAUACCUCUCCCUAUACAACCAAGCAUUCUGCUAGCAUUUCCUGCUGCUCUAUUACAUUGUCUGCCUACCUUUAAGUCAUCAGAAAUAAUCACCCCUAAAUCCCUUUCCUCAGAUGUUGAGGUUAGGACUCUAUCAAAUAUUCUGUACUCUGCCCUUGGGUUUUUACGUCCAAGAUGCAUUAUCUUGCACUUAUCCACAUUAAAUGUCAGUUGCCACAAUUCUGACCAUUUUUCUAGUUUACCUAAAUCAUUUGCCAUUUGGCUUAUCCCUCCUGGAACAUCAACCCUGUUACAUAUCUUAGUAUCAUCAGCAAAAAGACAUACCUUACCAUCAAGAUCUUCUGCACUAUCACUAAUAAAAAUAUUAAAGAGAAUGGGUCCAAGUACAGAUCCCUGAGGUACCCCACUGGUGACAAGCCCAAGCUUCGAAUAUACUCCAUUGACUACAACCCUCUGUUGCCUGUGACUCAGCCACUGCUUUACCCAUUCAACAAUAUUGGAAUCCAAAAUUAAAGAUUGCAGUUUAUUGAUAAGCCUUCUAUGUGCAACAGUGUCAAAAGCCUUACUGAAAUCUAGGUAAGCAAUGUCUACUGCACCACCCUGAUCUAUAAUUUUAGUUACCCAAUCAAAAAAAUCAAUAAGAUUAGUUUGGCAUGAUCUCCCUGAAGUACACCCAUGUUGUCUCUGAUCUCGAAAUCCAUGUGUUUUUAGAUGUUCAACAAUCCUAUCCUUUAACAUGGUUUCCAUCAGUUCCCCCACUACUGAAGUAAGGCUUACUGGCCUAUAGUUGCCCCACUACUCCCUAUUAACUUUCUUGUAAAUGGGCACAACAUUCGCUAACUUCCAAUCUUCUGGGACUACUCCUGUUAACAAUAAUUGGUUAAAUAAAUCUGUUAAUGGUUUUGCUAGUACACCACUAAGCUCUUUUAAUAGCUUUGGGUGUAUUCCAUCAGGUCCCAUUGACUUAUUUGUCUUUUACUUUUGACAGUUGAAAUAGAACCUCUUCCUCUGUAAACUCACGUGUAAUAAAUGACUCAUUUAUCCUUUUUCUUAACUAAGGUCCCUUUCCUUCAUUUUCAUCUGUAAAUACCGAACAAAAAUAUUAAUUGAGGCAGUCAGCUAGACCUUUAUCCUCUUCUACAUACCUUCCUUCUUUUGUUUUUAAUCUAACUAACCCUUGUUUUACUUUUCUUUUCUCAUUUAUGUAUCAAAAAAAAGUUUUGUCCCCCUUUUUUACUGACACUGCUAUUUUCUCUUCUGUGUGUGAUUUGGAAGCUCUUAUAACUUGCUUAGCCUCUUUCUGCCUAAUCUUAUAGAUCAUUCUGUCUUCCUGUUGUUUGUUUUUUUAAUUACUAAAUUACUAAAUGCUAACUUUUUGUUUUUUUACUGUUUUGGCCACAUCUGCAGAGUACCACAGUGGUUUCUUGAAUUUUUUGCUUUUACUGACAAGCCUAAUGCAAUUUUCUGUUGCAUUUAGUAGUGCAACUUUUUCUCUUGGACUCCAUUUAAAUUUCUCCAGUCUGAUGAUAACUCAUUUACACAUUCUAAUUUUAGAAAAGUCUGUUUUUCUAAAGUCUAAAACUUUUGUUUUUGUGUGGUGUGACUCAGUCACUGUUCUUCUAUUAAACCACACUGACUGAUGAUCACUGGAUCCUAAACUUUCACCUACAGUAAUAUCUGAUACCAAAUCUCCAUUUGUUAACACUAAAUCUAGUAUGGCCUCUUUACGAGUUGGCUCCUCCACAACUUGUUUUAGAGACAAUCCCAGUAGGGAGUUUAGAAUAUGUGUGCUCCUGGCACAAGCAUCUAUUUUUGUUUUCCAAUUCACAUCAGGAAGAUUAAAGUCACCCAUGAUGAUAACUUCCCCCUUCAUUGUCAUUUUAGCUAUUUCCUCAACUAGUAGAUUAUCUAACUCUUCUAUUUGUCCUGCGGGCCUAUAAAUCACACCUACACAAGUUACUGUGUGAUUACCAAAUUCUAACGUAACCCAAACGGAUUCUAUGUUGGCCUCACUAACUUUUAUUAGGCUAGAUUUUAUGCUAUCCUUCACAUACAGGGCCACCCCUCCCCUUUCUUGCCUUCCCUGUCUUCUCUAUAGAAAGAGUACCCUGAUAUUGCUAUGUCCCAGCCAUUUUUCUCAUUAUACCAUGUCUCAGUAACAGCGACUAAAUCUACACUAUCAGUUGCCAUUAUUGCCACAAGUUCAUGGAUCUUUUUCCCUAAACUGCGAUCAUUUGUAGACAUGACUCUAAGCUUAAAAAAUAUCUGCAUCGAAUUACACUGAUGCUUACCCCAGCCUGCAAAUACCAGAUAGCCAUCUCAGGCCUCUAUGAGAUCCUUAUAGGGUGUGACACCCCUCUCCCCCUGGCUUGAGUGAUGUGGCUAAUUCUUAUUGGACAAUAGGCGUCUGCUGAUUUUAUAUAUAGGAUACCCUACCCUCACUGGGUAGGACCGUUAUUUCCUAGUUUUUAACCCCUUAAGGACCGAGGACGGUUCAGGACCGUCAUCGGCAUUUUUGCCUUGAGGACCGAUGACGGUCCUGAACCGUCCUAACGGUCAGAGCUACUUACCUGAUCGCCGUCGUUCCCCCGGCGGCGAUCAGCAUGGCUCCGGUUGUGGGGAGACUGCCUGCAGCCCAGACAGUCUCCCCACGGCAGAUUAGGACCCCUGUGGCCAUGUGAUCGCUUAACAGAGCGAUCACAUGGUCACAAUGGGUGUCCAUGUGUCUGCCUGCAGGGGGACUGCCUGUGCUGACAGGCAGUCUCCCUGCUAGUGUAAAAUCAAUUUAAAAAAAAAAGUUAGUGUUAAUAAAAAAAAAAAAUAAUAAUUAUAUAUGUGUAUAUAUGAUAUAUAGACAUAUAUUAUAUAGAUAUAAUAUGUCUAUAUAUCAUAUAUAUAAUGCCAUACUAAGUGUAUUUUUAUAUUAAUAUGUACUUAUAUUAAUAUAAAAAUACACUUAUAAUUAAAUUACACACGUAUAUAUAUAAUAUAUAUAAUAACUAUAUAUAUUGUAUAUAUAUAUUAUUAUAAAAUAUAAAUAAUAAGUCAUUUAAAUUAAAUAAUUUUUUUUAAAAUAAUAAUAAAAAAUUUUAAAAAAAUUAUAUAGCUAUAUGAAAUUUUAUUCUAACUGUAUUUUAAAAUUAAUAUAUAUAUAUUUAUAUCAAAAUACACUUAGAAUGAAUUUGUAUAUAUAUCUAUGUAUAUAAAAAUAAAUAAAAUAAGAAAUAUACAUACGUCCAUAUACAAAAUUACAUAAAUAAUUAUAUAAAUAUACACGUAGACUUCAAAUAUAUAAAUAUGCAUAUAUAUUUAAAUUCUACGUGCGUAUUUAUGUAAUAUUUUUACAUAAUUCAGUAAUUUUAUUGAUUGCAAUUUGAGGGACCUGCCUGCCAACCCAGGCCGAAAUUCCAGAGAAUUUAAUUUGCUAGCACUGUAUUUUACCCUGUAACGUUCUACGACACCCUAAAACCUGUACAUGGGGGGUACUGUUUUACUCGGGAGACUUCGCUGAACACAAAUAUUAGUGAUUCAAAACAGUAAAACAUAUCACAGCGAUGAUAUUGUCAGUGAAAGUUACUUUUUUUGCAUUUUUCACACACAAACAGCACUUUUACUGAUGAUAUAAUUGUUGUGAUACGUUUUCCAGUUUUUAAACACUAAUAUUUGUGUUCAGCGAUGUCUCCCGAGUAAAACAGUACCCCCCAUGUACAGGUUUUAUAGCAUUUUUGAAAGUUACAAGGUCAAAUAUAUGGGUCAAAUAUUUUUACAUUGAAAAUGGCCAGGUUGGUUACGUUGCCUUUGAGAGCGUAUGGUAGCCCAGGAAUGAGAAUUACCCCCAUGAUGGCAUACCAUUUGCAAAAGAAGACAACCCAAGGUAUUGCAAAUGGGGUAUGUCCAGUCUUUUUAGUAACCACUUGGUCACAAACACUGGCCAAAAUUAGCGUUCAAUUUAGUUUUUUUACUUUUUUCACACACAAACAAAUAUGAAUGCUUACUUUGGCCAGUGUUUUCGACUAAGUGGCUACUAAAAAAGACUGGACAUACCCCAUAUUGAAUACCCUGGGUUGUCUACUUUAAAAAAAAUAUGUACAUGUGGGGUGUUAUUCAGAGAUUUAUGACAGAUAAUAGUGUUACAAUGUCACUAUUGAUAAAUUUUAAAAUGUAUGUUUUGAAACCGCAAUAUCCUACUUGUACCUAUAGCCCUAUAACAUGCAAAAAAAAGCAAAAAAGCACGUAAACACUAGGUAUUUUUAAACUCAGGACAAAAUUUUGAAUCUAUUUAGCAGUUUUUUCAUUCGCUUUUGUAGAUGAGUAAAAGAUUUUUCAAGUAAAAGUAAAAAAACAUGUAUUUUUUUCAAUUUUUCAUCAUAUUUUUUUAUUUUUUUUAAAUUAAAAUACAUGAGAUUAUAUAAAUAAUGGUAUGUAAAGAAAGCCCCUUUUGUCCUGAAAAAAACAAUAUAUAAUUUGUAUGGGAACAGUAAAUGAGAAAGCGGAAAAUUACAGCCAAACACAAACACCACAAAAGUGUAAAAAUAUGCCUGGUCGCAAAUGUACAACAUCGCAAAAACAGUCCAGUCCUUAAGGGGUUAAGCACAAAACACGUAUUAUUAUAAUGCAUUAUAGUAGGGAUUGACCGAUAUUGAUUGUUUUAAAGCAGAUACCGAUGAUCUUUGAACUUUCAGGUCGAUAGCAAAUAACUUACCGAUACCGAUAUUCUGAACAUUUACCAUUUUAAAAAAAUAAGCUCUUUCUACACAAAUCUACUGUUAACUGAACAUGUUUAUUAUUUAUUUAUUUUUAGCAAAUCUUUUUUUUAUUAAGGUAAAUGCACAAAAUAUCCAUGCCAGUCAGAAUUGUUUGUUUUCAAGAAUAUGUGGGUGUGUAGUGGAUGCAGUGAGAGUAUUUGAUUAGUGAAUGCAGUUUAUGUUUGUGUAGUGGAUGCAGUGUGUGUGUUUGUGUAGUGUAUGUAUACUGAAUGCAGUGUGUUUGUGUGGUGUAUGUAUAGUGAAUGCAGUGUGUGUAUAUAAUGAAUGCAGAGUGUGUGUGUGUAGCUUGUGUAACUAUGUAAUGUGGUGGGGGGGCAUUUUUUAAAAUGUAUUUUUUAAUAUUUCAUAAAUUUUUUUACAUUUUGUUUUAGUCCCCCCUCCCUGCUUCUUACCUGGUCAGGGAGGGGGGAUAUGGAAUUCCCUGGGGGGCAUGCGGCGGUCCUGUGGGGCCCAGCACACUCUUACUUACCUUCCCAGUUGCUCCCCUGUCCAACUCAUGGUAACCCACCGGAAUCUCGAGAGUUAGACAAGGGAGCUGCUGGGAAGGUAAAUAAGAGUGUGCUGGGCCCCACAGGACGGCCCUGGUCUGCAUUAUCGGCUAUAUUGGUAUCUUUAUUCACCGAUACCGAUGUUGCUGAUAAUACAGAAUAUCGUCAGACCGAAAAUCGGUAAAUCCCUACAUUAUAGCAUGAUUAAGGUUGUCAUGCCAAAGAAAACGGUUUUAAUUUUUUUGCUCAAUUAAUUUCUUAAAUGCACACUAAUGAUGUAUAAAAAACAAACAAGAAAAACGACAAACCCGGUUACUGUUCUAAACUGUUCUAAACAGUGGCCACUAAGCACUUAAUCCCAUUACUGCGCUCCGGGAUUAGUUUUACGGCAGAGCUUGAGCAGGAUUUACAUUGUCUCGUGUUCGUGUCUUUACUGCUCAGUGCCAGAAUCUUGGAAAGCUGACGACCGCGCAGAUUGGACAUGACAACUCCGGGCUCUACGCCAAGUGGCUGGUAGAACACGUCAUGGUUCGCAAUGAGAUAACGGGACACACUUACAAGUGAGAUGCUAACUUAUUUAACUUUGUGUAGAGCACCAUCUUUAUCCAUGUACACAAGAACUAAGUGCAAGGGAAAAUACUUCCCCCAGUAUGUUCUCAAAUACAUUUGUUACAUUUUAAGCUUCUUAUGUCUAACCAAGGCAUGUAAGGUCUUAAAAAGCAUGCACACACACACACAUGGUUUCACAUAGAAUGGUUUUAAAUGAUUCUGUAAAGUGUAUCCCAGUUGAUUUAAAAGAUACAAUGCUGCAUAAAUAAAAAAUAUACUUCAUAUUACGUAUUUUUAUCUAAUAAAAUAAAGUGUUUACACUGAAUAUUUCUUUCUAUAACCAUAGAUUUUUACACUGUGUGCCUGUGCAGUUUCCUACAAGUUUGCGCAAACAUGUGUACAAGUGUAAAUGUUGUUUUCCACUGCCUGCGUCGGAUGCGGAAAAUAAUUGGAAAUAAUUUUCUGUGUCCAGGUUUCCAUGCGGUCGGUGGUUGGGGAAAGGGAUGGAUGAUGGAAGUUUGGAAAGAGUUUUGGUUGGCGAUUUACUGACACCAAACACUGAGACCGAAGAGCGAUAUUGCCGAACGCCCCCAUUGCAGCACUCUCCCAGCAUGAUCCGCAGGCUCGUAGCAAUCUCGCCAAGCAGCAGGCCAAGUAAGCCAAGCGCCCGAUUUAAAGGGCAAAAUGCACAGAUUGUAGGAUUGUCAAUUGGUCCAUCAAACAUAGUUUGUUUGUUUUUUUAUCUAAAAGCACAAAUUUCAUCUUUUAAACAAAAAUUGCCAAACUGUGAAAACAUUACCAAGGAUUUUCCAUUUGAACUAUUCUAAUGUGAUUUCGUGACAAUUCCCACUUUAAUGAAUUAACCAUUAUUUGUUUUAGACUGUUUCCUGCUCAGAGCAGACGUGCAUCUUAUGCCAAGUGUUCCUCCUCUCACCUAUUAAGUCAAGCUUUGCUAGCUUCUCUGCAAAGCAAUUCCUGUAUCUGUACACUGUGUUUCUUUAUAAUAUGAAUCUAAUCUGUUUCUUCACUAACAGGGUUAUUCUCUGAAGUGAGAAUUCAAAGUGCAUUUCAAACUAUGGCCUAAAAUUAGCAUCCCUUCUUACUUGGAAGGAUUUUUAUAGAGUUAUUAGAGAAUACAUUUUGUAAUUCUCUGAAAUUACAUUAUUACUACCUUAUAGUAAAAAUAGCAUUCUUCGGAUUGCAUCUAAAAAUUCGCACCAAAAACAGAGUUGUGCCAUGUUGUUUUUAUUAUAUUAUCUUAUGUAUUGGGAUCUAUUCACUGAAUUGGGAUUUGCUGAUACUUGACAAGAGAAUUGCUAUUUUAAGGCCAAAAUAUCAGAGUGAAAAAAAGAGAAUUUUCACACUUUGCUAUUUUGCUUUUAAGCCCAGUUUACAGAAUGAUCUUUGAAUGGCAUCAAUGCAAAUUAUGUUUAAAGAUCCAGGCUUGGUUUCCAAGAGGCACUGCUCAAAUCUACUAUAAUCAAAUCUUAACGUAAAGCGCACAAUUUGCAUCCCGUCUUCCCCCAAUUGGUAACAGUCGUGUUUUACAGUUUGCUGUUACUUCUGGAAUUACAGACUCCUUACGUCUCUUUUUUUCAUUUCUUCUUCCACCUGCAACCCUCAGUUUCUUUCUUUAUCGUUCUUUACAUCUUCUCCAAUAUUCUCUUACAGAGUUAAAUACAGGUCAAAUCCAAGAGGCGAUUGGUGAGGCUGUGAAUGGCAUUGUCAAGCACUUCCACAAACCAGAGAAAGAGGUAUUGAAUGCCGAAUCAUAAUAUCUACCAAAGUGUCCUGUGCCGUUACAGCCAAUAUUAUCAGCAUUAGCCGAAUCUGCCCAAAACCUCAGCGCAAACAAUAGAGCAACAGAUGGAAGCACUUUAGUUAUAGUGCAUUAAAAAUGAUGCACAUACAAACAUGCCUAAAUAUUAAAAAUACGUUUGAAUAUGCUGCAAAUUCUAAGGCAUUGCAGCCUCUUAAACUAGGAAGGGACUUGGACAGUCAUAACUAUCUAUAGCACUCUAUAGAGGUACUUCCUGGGCGCACCAAGGGUUUCUGGGACCUGUAGUCCUUUUUAAUUGUAAUUAGAAAUAUUGCAGUUUGGGAGAAGGUGUGGUCAGCCUAUGGCGAAUAACAAAUUGGUGUUUAAAACAGAAAUCUUAAGGAGAUUAAAAUAAAAUCCAAAAAUCUGUAUAAUUUAAACCUACACAAUGCAACAUAAUGCCCCUUUAAAGAAGCUUUCAUCUUUAUAGCACUGUGUUUAAAGACAUCUGUGGCAUCUUGUACCCACGUAUUUUGCCCCAAUGUGUGUAAAGAGACCAGAGUGAAAGAAGAAUUAGAACCCCCAACUGCAACUUGUCAUCUUAGACCUUUUAGCUGUAGUGAUCGGUGUUGUUGUCCAACAGCUAUUAUUGCAAGCUAAAGGACAUUCUGCUGUAAUGGGAAAUGAGCAAUAUUUCAGCAUUUUUAGGGAAUCCAUGGAUAUGGGGUCGUAGAGCUCCAGUGUUCUCACUGUCUGCAUGUCUGAUACAGAAGAUGCUCAGAUGCUCUGUUUGUAUUCUUGUAGCAAUCUCUGACACCUAUUAGCCUGCUUGACUCACCAGUGUUCCAUUAUUUUGCAGAGAGGCAGCCUGACCCUGCUGCUGUGUGGAGAGAACGGACUGGUCUCUGCACUGGAGCAAGUAUUUCAGCACGGAUUCAAAUCCCCACGCCUCUUCAAAAGUGUCUUCAUCUGGGAUUUCUUAGGUAAGCCGAAUGGACCAUUAUAUUACAUUCACCAGCAGCCUCACCGGAAACUGUAUGAGAUACACCCAGGGGAAUACUAAGGGAAUCGCACGCAAACAGGGAAAGGCAACAAUGGUUCACAGAGCAUGCACUCUAAUUGACGAGCGAGUUCAGGGACUCCACAUGGUGUAACGGCUGCAGAUAUUAUUGCCUUGCGAUUAACAUACAUUGACGGGAUUGGGGGAUUAUAAAGAACACUCAUAUGGAGGCCGACAUCUAUUUAAAGAGAUGUGUCAGACACAUCAUGCAGUGAAGCUCACCGCAGUCAAAGGGUGCAUUAAGUAACUGUCUGUACUGACAUUAGGACUGUGAAUUUACACCCACAUCCUGUGCAAAUUGAUAGCCGUAAUCAAUAACCAUAAUGUGAUAUCUCCUGCCCUCCAACUCAUAGUGGUGUCGGGGACAGUAUACCAGCUCUCCCACCCCCUCCCCUCCUUAUUUAUAGAUACAGUUGAUUUAUUUGUUAUUGACGGUAAAAUCAAUAAAAUGUAUAUUCAAAAAUAAACUGUAUACUAUUUUAUAUUUUCUUUAAAAUAUUUUUAAAAAAUCAAAUAUUAUAUAUGAUCAUUUGAAAUGUUUAUGCCGUGGUUGAGUGAGUUAUAAAAUUUAUUUAAUAGCAGUAUUUAGUGCAGGAAACCAUGAGAGCACACAAACCCAAAGACCGAUUCUACCUCUUACUGACACAAACAGCAGAAAAAAUGUAAAAUCCAUUCCACUAAUUGGUUUGCCAGCUGCGGUUCUGGGAGGGCUGGCUGGUAUAUGUGGAUCACAAAAUCUGCUGAUUUAUACAGUAAGAAUUUUUCUUUUUCAUAUUUAUUCUGAUAAGGUGUUUAUGGUGUUUUCUUGCUUCCCGUGAAAUGUUCAGUGACUCUGCAAGCUGCCAUAUCAGGAAACGGAAUGUAAUGUACAGUUUUAGACAAGCGUCUGUCAAUGUACAAAGCAAAAUAUACUGAGUUGUAGGGAUACACAGUGAUUGCUGUAUGGAUGCACUAAGUGACUUUAUAAUAUGAUUUAUUGGCAGAAAAAGCACACCUGCAUUAUGAUUCCCUGGAGCUGAGUGAGCUGGGCACCGAGGAAGAUUGGCAGAAAAGGGCUCGCAAGUUCUGUCGCUUUAUCACUGCCAUAAACAACACCCCACGAAAUAUUGGAAAGGACGGCAAGUUUCAGAUGUUUGUGUGCUUAGGGGCCCGGUAAGUCUGCUUUUCAGUUUGAUCCCUCAUUGUCCUCUGAAUUCUGUGCUGAUGCUGUGUAUUGUGCAAUGAUACCCCAAACAUUGCUCAACGGCAGUUCUCAGACUAUCCUGUAAAUCUCCUACUAAUUAUCCACUUGCCAAAGGAAAAGUGUGUGGAGUUUCUUUUUAUUAAUCCAUCGCGCUGCAAGUGUUUGGGAACUAUGUUUCCCAAGAUUCUUUGCCAGCGUGCAUUUUGACAGGGCGCCAUAGAAAGUGUGGUUUGUAUCCUCCCCUUAUUACUACAAUUACUACAACUAAUUUAACUUUCUUUGGUAAAAUGACAUCUAACAAUCUCCAAGACCUGUUAAGAACAUGCACCUGCUGUCUGACAAAUGCAAGCAUUUCGGUUUGUGGUGAAUGGCGAUGAUUGAUUGUAUUUAUCGCUAAGGAAUCCUCCUGUGCCUGUCGAUCAGACACUAGAGACACUUCCUUGUAAAGACUUUCAGUGACUGAAAGUCUUAAUGUUCAUCUUCUCAUAAAGAAGCAUUGUCUCAAUACUUUUCUAUGAGCAGCAUCUUAUUGGCUGAACAUCGCGAUAGCUGCACAUGGUAUACUGAGCCCCAAUGCUUCUUUUUGUGAAGUGUUGAAUUAGCCUGAGAUCAUCAGUUUGGCAGCAGUGCUGAGACUGGGACAGAACUGGAAAACGGGUGUGAUUAACUUGCUUAUUUUCCCUUUAAAGUGAAAUCAUUAUUCUGGGAAUUUAGGUUUCCAGCACUGCCACCCACUUUCCUCAGUAAAAAUUAUGUUAAAUAAAGUGAAUUGAAACUAGACCUGCACAGCCAAUUUAAUGCUGCAUUCCUCUAGUCAAACACUGCUAUCUGCAUUUAAUUGCAAAACCAAGUUUUACUUUGUUCUGGGGAGAAAGCACAUCUAGUGGCCAUCAGGAAUAUCGACUUUAGAGGUGGAUUUAAAACAUGGGUAUGUAAACAUUACCAUUUCUUAAAAAUGGUAAUGUUUCACAUUGCAUGUUUAAAAUGGCAGGACCUCUGCACACAAACCACUUCAUUGAGAUGACAUUGUCUGGGUGAUUUAGUGGUCCUUUUAAAAGUAGAUUCAACAGUUUAAAUAAGCAGAGGAACACUUUAACAUUAUACAUGGAUAUUUUAUUUAUAAUGUGUGUUUCUUUAUAAUAUGAAUCUAAUUUGUUUCUUCACUAACAGGGUUAUUCUCUGAAGUUAGAAUUCAAAGUGCAUUUCAAACUAUGGCCUAAAAUUUGCGUCCCUUCGUACUUGGAAGGAUUUUUAUAGAGUUAUUCGAGAAUACAUUUUGUAAUUCUCUGAAAUGAGAAUAAUUUGGGUUUCUAAAAAAUAACUCACAUAAUCCACAGUAAGCCACUGUCUGAGCAUAAUGGGAAAUGGAGUUCUUUAUGCUAGAAACAUCUUCACACUGAAGGGAGAAUAUAGCAUCAGUGCAGCCAUUUCUUGAAGGCCAACUUUCCAUUGCUGCGGCCGUUAUUUAGGGACCGUGUAGCAAAACUAACCGGGCUCGUGAUUAACCCUUUGUUUCCCCCUCUCUCUUUCAGGGAUCACUAUUUGCACCACUGGAUUGCCUUGCUCGCGGAUUGUCCCAUCAUAGCACAAAUGUACGAGGACACAGCUUUAAUUAAGGACCAUACGUUGGUGAACUCGUUGAUCCGCGUGUUACAGACUCUUCAGGAGUUUAAUAUCACUUUAGAAAGCUCUCUAAUUAAAGGAAUUAACAUCUGAUCACAAAACGGAAAACCCAUUAACUUACAAGAAAUUUGCAGCGCCACGGGAGAGGCUGUCCUUUGCGAGGCUUCUGGGAUCGUUGGUCACAUCUAGUGGGAUGAGCAGAACUUGACACACUCUGUGUAAAAUACCCUCUAGAAUGCUCUUUUAUAGCUUGGGUUCUGACUUAUUCCAUUCUUUUAUACAAAGAAGUUAAGCGGGAAUACUGCACAGCUUAUUAUAAAGCUUCUUUAUUCGCCCGCCGUGAAAACUGCGCAGAACUUAAUGCCUAUCAUGUUACUGGAUCAACAUAAAAAUGUUUUCUAGAACGUCUGUUACAAUGUAUUGACAUUUCGCUUAGAUGGCAUAUCUUCACUUAUUUGCUAAAACAAAAACAAAAAAAAUAUAUAUACAUACAUAUAUAUUUUUACAUUUUAUUGUGCGAGGCUAUUGUUGUAGAAAGUCACUUUUUUUGUUGUUUUGUUUUUUCUUUGUCAGUAUUAUUUUGUCCGUGAACAAAAGGUCAAGAGAGGUCCCUUUAUAUAGCGCAACACAAAUGCACAGAAAGUGUUUUCUUUCAAAUGUUUUUUUUUUACAUUAUUUAUUAACUGUUUAUGCUUUCAUUUCCUUAUCACUUCAGUGCCAGAGUAGUCUAAUGCAUCGCUGUAGGAACCCUCUAAAGAUUAUUGGGAGCGUGUUCCUGGAUCCAAACAGCCCCAUAAGGGUCAGCAAUGGUUGCCCAAAAUAUUAUCUAAUUCUGGUGCUUCAUAGCUUCUGUGAUGCAAUAAUACAGGGCAGUUAGAACUGUUUUAUGAAGGAGAUGUGAAGGAGGCAAUGAUGGUCAGGCUGCUGUCUGAAAAAACAUAAACCAUUAACCCCCUCCAAGCUGCUCCCUUGGGGACCAGAUGCUGGAGGCAAUUUUUGCACAAUGCAGGCUAAAAAUAAAUAUGUUUACACAAUG